AUGAGCGACGGCGGCGAGGAUCCAGAGGGCUCGUUUGUCCAGCGUCUCGAGAAGCGUCGCCGGCUCGAGGCGCGAACGCCCCGCUACGACCUCAUCUCCAGCAUCCCGCCGACCUCGAACAAGGUCGAGCGGUUUUCAGCGUGGCGCGUACCACGUUUGCUCAAGAGCGCAACAGUCUCCAACGGCGGCGAGAAUCCAGAGGGCUCGUUUGUCCAGCGUCUCGAGAAGCGUCGCCGGCUCGAGGCGCGAACGCCCCGCUACGACCUCAUCUCCAGCAUCCCGCCGACCUCGAACAAGGUCGAGCGGUUUUCAGCGUGGCGCGUACCACGUUUGCUCAAGAGCGCAACAGUCUCCAACGGCGGCGAGGAUCCAGAGGGCUCGUUUGUCCAGCGUCUCGAGAAGCGUCGCCGGCUCGAGGCGCGAACGCCCCGCUACGACCUCAUCUCCAGCAUCCCGCCGACCUCGAACAAGGUCGAGCGGUUUUCAGCGUGGCGCGUACCACGUUUGCUCAAGAGCGCAACAGUCUCCAACGGCGGCGAGGAUCCAGAGGGCUCGUUUGUCCAGCGUCUCGAGAAGCGUCGCCGGCUCGAGGCGCGAACGCCCCGCUACGACCUCAUCUCCAGCAUCCCGCCGACCUCGAACAAGGUCGAGCGGUUUUCAGCGUGGCGCGUACCACGUUUGCUCAAGAGCGCAACAGUCUCCAACGGCGGCGAGGAUCCAGAGGGCUCGUUUGUCCAGCGUCUCGAGAAGCGUCGCCGGCUCGAGGCGCGAACGCCCCGCUACGACCUCAUCUCCAGCAUCCCGCCGACCUCGAACAAGGUCGAGCGGUUUUCAGCGUGGCGCGUACCACGUUUGCUCAAGAGCGCAACAGUCUCCAACGGCGGCGAGAAUCCAGAGGGCUCGUUUGUCCAGCGUCUCGAGAAGCGUCGCCGGCUCGAGGCGCGAACGCCCCGCUACGACCUCAUCUCCAGCAUCCCGCCGACCUCGAACAAGGUCGAGCGGUUUUCAGCGUGGCGCGUACCACGUUUGCUCAAGAGCGCAACAGUCUCCAACGGCGGCGAGGAUCCAGAGGGCUCGUUUGUCCAGCGUCUCGAGAAGCGUCGCCGGCUCGAGGCGCGAACGCCCCGCUACGACCUCAUCUCCAGCAUCCCGCCGACCUCGAACAAGGUCGAGCGGUUUUCAGCGUGGCGCGUACCACGUUUGCUCAAGAGCGCAACAGUCUCCAACGGCGGCGAGGAUCCAGAGGGCUCGUUUGUCCAGCGUCUCGAGAAGCGUCGCCGGCUCGAGGCGCGAACGCCCCGCUACGACCUCAUCUCCAGCAUCCCGCCGACCUCGAACAAGGUCGAGCAGUUUUCAGCGUGGCGCGUACCACGUUUGCUCAAGAGCGCAACAGUCUCCAACGGCGGCGAGGAUCCAGAGGGCUCGUUUGUCCAGCGUCUCGAGAAGCGUCGCCGGCUCGAGGCGCGAACGCCCCGCUACGACCUCAUCUCCAGCAUCCCGCCGACCUCGAACAAGGUCGAGCGGUUUUCAGCGUGGCGCGUACCACGUUUGCUCAAGAGCGCAACAGUCUCCAACGGCGGCGAGGAUCCAGAGGGCUCGUUUGUCCAGCGUCUCGAGAAGCGUCGCCGGCUCGAGGCGCGAACGCCCCGCUACGACCUCAUCUCCAGCAUCCCGCCGACCUCGAACAAGGUCGAGCGGUUUUCAGCGUGGCGCGUACCACGUUUGCUCAAGAGCGCAACAGUCUCCAACGGCGGCGAGGAUCCAGAGGGCUCGUUUGUCCAGCGUCUCGAGAAGCGUCGCCGGCUCGAGGCGCGAACGCCCCGCUACGACCUCAUCUCCAGCAUCCCGCCGACCUCGAACAAGGUCGAGCGGUUUUCAGCGUGGCGCGUACCACGUUUGCUCAAGAGCGCAACAGUCUCCAACGGCGGCGAGGAUCCAGAGGGCUCGUUUGUCCAGCGUCUCGAGAAGCGUCGCCGGCUCGAGGCGCGAACGCCCCGCUACGACCUCAUCUCCAGCAUCCCGCCGACCUCGAACAAGGUCGAGCGGUUUUCAGCGUGGCGCGUACCACGUUUGCUCAAGAGCGCAACAGUCUCCAACGGCGGCGAGGAUCCAGAGGGCUCGUUUGUCCAGCGUCUCGAGAAGCGUCGCCGGCUCGAGGCGCGAACGCCCCGCUACGACCUCAUCUCCAGCAUCCCGCCGACCUCGAACAAGGUCGAGCGGUUUUCAGCGUGGCGCGUACCACGUUUGCUCAAGAGCGCAACAGUCUCCAACGGCGGCGAGGAUCCAGAGGGCUCGUUUGUCCAGCGUCUCGAGAAGCGUCGCCGGCUCGAGGCGCGAACGCCCCGCUACGACCUCAUCUCCAGCAUCCCGCCGACCUCGAACAAGGAUCCAGAGGGCUCGUUUGUCCAGCGUCUCGAGAAGCGUCGCCGGCUCGAGGCGCGAACGCCCCGCUACGACCUCAUCUCCAGCAUCCCGCCGACCUCGAACAAGGUCGAGCGGUUUUCAGCGUGGCGCGUACCACGUUUGCUCAAGAGCGCAACAGUCUCCAACGGCGGCGAGGAUCCAGAGGGCUCGUUUGUCCAGCGUCUCGAGAAGCGUCGCCGGCUCGAGGCGCGAACGCCCCGCUACGACCUCAUCUCCAGCAUCCCGCCGACCUCGAACAAGGUCGAGCGGUUUUCAGCGUGGCGCGUACCACGUUUGCUCAAGAGCGCAACAGUCUCCAACGGCGGCGAGGAUCCAGAGGGCUCGUUUGUCCAGCGUCUCGAGAAGCGUCGCCGGCUCGAGGCGCGAACGCCCCGCUACGACCUCAUCUCCAGCAUCCCGCCGACCUCGAACAAGGUCGAGCGGUUUUCAGCGUGGCGCGUACCACGUUUGCUCAAGAGCGCAACAGUCUCCAACGGCGGCGAGGAUCCAGAGGGCUCGUUUGUCCAGCGUCUCGAGAAGCGUCGCCGGCUCGAGGCGCGAACGCCCCGCUACGACCUCAUCUCCAGCAUCCCGCCGACCUCGAACAAGGUCGAGCGGUUUUCAGCGUGGCGCGUACCACGUUUGCUCAAGAGCGCAACAGUCUCCAACGGCGGCGAGGAUCCAGAGGGCUCGUUUGUCCAGCGUCUCGAGAAGCGUCGCCGGCUCGAGGCGCGAACGCCCCGCUACGACCUCAUCUCCAGCAUCCCGCCGACCUCGAACAAGGUCGAGCGGUUUUCAGCGUGGCGCGUACCACGUUUGCUCAAGAGCGCAACAGUCUCCAACGGCGGCGAGGAUCCAGAGGGCUCGUUUGUCCAGCGUCUCGAGAAGCGUCGCCGGCUCGAGGCGCGAACGCCCCGCUACGACCUCAUCUCCAGCAUCCCGCCGACCUCGAACAAGGUCGAGCGGUUUUCAGCGUGGCGCGUACCACGUUUGCUCAAGAGCGCAACAGUCUCCAACGGCGGCGAGGAUCCAGAGGGCUCGUUUGUCCAGCGUCUCGAGAAGCGUCGCCGGCUCGAGGCGCGAACGCCCCGCUACGACCUCAUCUCCAGCAUCCCGCCGACCUCGAACAAGGUCGAGCGGUUUUCAGCGUGGCGCGUACCACGUUUGCUCAAGAGCGCAACAGUCUCCAACGGCGGCGAGGAUCCAGAGGGCUCGUUUGUCCAGCGUCUCGAGAAGCGUCGCCGGCUCGAGGCGCGAACGCCCCGCUACGACCUCAUCUCCAGCAUCCCGCCGACCUCGAACAAGGUCGAGCGGUUUUCAGCGUGGCGCGUACCACGUUUGCUCAAGAGCGCAACAGUCUCCAACGGCGGCGAGGAUCCAGAGGGCUCGUUUGUCCAGCGUCUCGAGAAGCGUCGCCGGCUCGAGGCGCGAACGCCCCGCUACGACCUCAUCUCCAGCAUCCCGCCGACCUCGAACAAGAAUGGUGACUUCUGGGACGUUUCGACAGUCGAUAGCGUCAAUUAG